AUGGAGCUCUCCGGCAACCCUUCCUCUCUACAUCCUAACCACCAACAAAACGGGCACAAUGUCAAUGUCACUUCCAAGAAAUAUUCGGAUAGGGGGGGGCUUAAUCCAAGCUCUACCCAGAGCAGUGGCACCGAGAUUAGGGCCGGCAAUCUACUCCACAACCACUCCGUCUCACCCUCUCUCCCAUCAAACUCCAUCCUCAUACGCACCCUCGCCACGCCUAUAAACCCAGCAGACAUAAACCAAAUACAGGGAGUAUACCCCUCCAAACCGCCAUUCAGCUCCUUACUGGGAACACCCACACCCAGCGCCGUUGGCGGUAACGAGGGCUGCUUCGAAGUAGUAUCGAUAGGAUCAUCAGUAAAGGGCCUGCAAAAGGGCGACUGGGUAAUAAUGCGUUCUACUGGUUUCGGAACAUGGCGUACACAUGCCCUAGCUACCGCGGACGAUGUGCUCAAAAUCGAGAAUAAGGAAGGUCUCACACCCCUCCAAGUCGGAACCGUGAGCGUCAAUCCAUGCACCGCCUACCGCAUGUUGAAGGACUUCAUCCCGCUGGAGCCCGGAAAAGACUGGUUUAUACAAAAUGGAGCCAAUUCCGGUGUUGGCCGGGCUGCUAUCCAGCUGGGUAAACAAUGGAACUUGAAUUCAAUCAACGUCAUCCGCGAGCGUCCGUCUGCUUCCGAAACCGAGUCUCUUAAGCAGGAACUUCUGGAUCUGGGCGCGACGAAGGUAAUCACCGAUGGGGAACUACAGUCUAAAGGGUUUUCUUCGCAGAUAAAAGAGUGGACCGCGUCCACAAAAGGCGAUCUCAAACUAGGCCUCAACUGUGUCGGCGGCCCGCCCACACUCGCUAUGACAAAAACCCUUAGUCAAGGGGGUCAUCUUGUUAGCUACGGUGCUAUGUCUAAACAACCACUUUCCCUCCCCACCGGUCUAUUGAUCUUCAAGGACCUGCAUUUCAGCGGCUUUUGGGUUAGUAGGUGGAGUGAUCAACAUCCGGAGGAGAAGAGGAGGACUGUAGAAGACAUUCUGCAGAUGACGAGAGAGGGGAAGUUUAAAGACAUUCCGGUUAAGGAGCUAAGGUGGGAUUGGGGAACUGAGGAGGCCGUCUUGAAGGAGGCCGUGCAGGGAACCUUGGAGGGGUUUAGGGACGGCAAGGGAGUGCUAAUGUAUGGUGAUACAUAA